CUCGACCCCUGCAUUCCAUACUACACCUGUUUCUCGUUCACAUUCCCAUGCUUAGAAAUCCUUCAGGAAGUUUGCAGAUCCAAUGUAGCUUGGAGCCUAAUACCUACCUAGAGCCUGCCCCGUCCCCGACGGAUAGGCCGUCACCUCCCUCUGCCCACAAAGCUUCUUCCGCCCUGGCGACAGCAGAAGUCCCAUUAUCCUCCCAGCAUCCUUAGAUCAUCCACAACGAGCUGCAAUGGCGCCCUUUUCCAGCCUUCGCGCGACACUGACGCAGAUCUACCCACCAAAACCGACCUUCACGGAGGCUGAUGUGCCUGCCGGCUCGCAGCGGGGCCGGGUGUGUAUCGUGACGGGCGGGAACGCGGGCAUCGGUCUAGAACUGACCAAGAUACUCUACGCCGCGGGCGCCACUGUCUACAUCGCCUCGCGAUCCAAGGACAAGGUGGAAGCCGCCAUCAAAGGCAUCACUACGAAAUCCACCGAUGUCGCCACGAGCGGGCAGCUCAAGUUCCUACACCUGGACCUGAACGACCUCACCGUCGUCAAAGCGGCUGCCGAGACCUUUGCGAAGCAGGAGUCACGGUUGGACGUGCUGUGGAACAAUGCCGGCACGGGCGCGAACGGAGUGGCCAUCGGCCAGCGUACGGCGCAGGACUUUGAGCCGAUGAUCGGUUGCCACUGCAUCGCGACCCUGCUCUUCACGCAGCUUCUCGUUCCGCAGCUGCGCGCUGCCGCCGCCGCUUCCCCGGCAGGGCAGACGCGUGUGAUCUGGACUUCCAGCGGGCUGGCAGAAGCCGGGUCGCCGCCCAACGGCAUCGACUUCAACGCGCUGGAUAAGGGUACGAGCAAGCCAAUGGUGAACUACGGGGCGUCCAAGGCUGGCACCUGGUUUCUGAGCCGCGAAUUCGCGCGCCGGCACAAGCCGGACGGCAUCGUCAGCGUAUGCCUCAACCCCGGCUACCUCAAGACGGCCUCAUUCAACGGCACUCCAGCGCCUCUCAUGUUCAUCAUGAACCACGUCAUGCUGUCGGAGCCAAUCUACGGUGCCUACACUGAGUUGUUUGCUGGACUGUCGCCCGAUGUAACGAUGGAGAGUAGCGGGUCCUACAUCAUCCCUUGGGGACGGAUUCGCCCCAAUGCCGUCACCUCACGGCCGGACCUGAUCGAAGCAGGAGAUUCCGAGGAGGAAGGGGGUCUCGGAUACGGUGCGAAGCUCUGGGCAUGGUGUGAGGAGAAGUGGGCGCCGUAUAUUUAGGCAAAAUGCAAAUUGGCGGAGCAGGCAGAGUGUUACUCCAGUAUAGCUAGAAGGAUGGAUCAUGUUGUUGAAGUGCGUGGAUACAGCGG